GUCCGGCGGGCUGCGGCGGAGGUCAACAGCUGGUCAGAGCCAAUCCAUGUAAGCCUUUGUCCCUAUGCCUGAAUUUGAAUUUUCUGGUUGUUUUGACACUGAGAAACAAGGUCCUCAUCCACAACGCAGCCGCGCUAGGAGGAUACUCGGUCACUCAAGACGGAUUCGAGGCCCAGAUAUCUACAGCCCAUUUCGCACCAUUCCUGCUCACCAAACUCAUUUCUGCCAAACUGCUCGCGACCGCGACCGAGCAUUUCGUCCCUCGUGUUGUCUUUGUCGGGAGUAAUGCUCACAUGCAGAGCCAAGGCAUUGAUCUCACCGUCGACAAGCUUCGCCUCGGAGACGGAACUGAUGAGGCCAAAACGGGUCCGGGCAUAUUCAAGCGCUAUGCGGAGGUGAAAACCGCACAAGUCCUGAUGGGCAUCGAACUUUCGCGGAGGGCUGGCGGAAGGCUGAAUGCGUAUAGUUUGCAUCCAGGCACUGUCAAGACUAAAGGGUUCGAAAAUGAUUUUUUUACAGCCACUGAUGAAGCAGCUCAAUAUCUUGACCGCUGACGGGAAGUUCAACGAGAACAAUCCCGCUCUCAAUUGGAAAACCAUCGAGCAAGGCGCUGCGACGACACUCGUUGCAGCUUUCGAUCCCAAGCUCAACGAUCAACCUAGCGCCUACUUGUUCGACUGCGUUGUAGCGCCGCACAAGACCACACCAUAUGCGACAGACCCAGUCACCGCGAACAAGCUUUGGAACAUUACCGAAGAGAUUCUCGAUGAGAAAUUCGUUAUUUGA